UACGUGUGUCAUACAUUUUCAAUAUGGACGACAACUGAUGGAUCCGAUUCACGGAAUAUUUUGGAGUUUAACCCUUCUUAUUGCUGUGGAAUUUCAACUACUUACAAAUUGUUGUUCAACUGAAAUAAAAGAGCAUUACAGAGAGAGCUUAUGUAGAACCUUUGUCUGCAAGUACAACAUUCGUCUACCAUGUUCCUAUAGAUGUAAUGGUCACAAAGAUUGUCCGACUGGCGAAGAUGAAAAGGAUUGCCCAGAUACUCAAGGAGGCCUGUAUUUGAACAUCACACCAAAAGCUGUGGUGGUGAAGCAAGGCGAAACUAUACAAGUCAACUGCUCAACAAAGUAUACAACGGCACCAAUUAUAGAUCUAAAGUGGCAAGCUUUUGGUAAUGAUGUACAAGAUGAUAUGUUUAAGCAAGUUCGGUUGGAGGUAUAUGUGGUAACAUUGCUAAUACGCAAGGCCCAGCCAGAAAACUCGGGAACAUACAGGUGUAAGGUACAUACCGCAGACGGUCAAUUUACCAGUAAACUGUUACAGAUAUGGGUGAACAAAACAGCAAGCCUUCAGUUAGAUGUUGGUCCUAACAGAGUGAUCACCAGUCCACUGAAUGUGUAUAAAGGGGAGACAGUUCAAGUUAACUGUACUGCCAGGGAUCUGCUAGUUUCAGUUACUGAUCUGAAGUGGGAAAUUGAGUCUGGUUUUACAAUUGGUGCACAGCAAAAUGUCAGACAGUUACAUCAUGAUAAAAACACGGUUUCUCUGCAUAUAGCGAAUGCACAGCCACAGAAUUCUGGCACUUACAUAUGUAAAUUGUUUGCUUCCUUCGGUGAAGUUACAAAUGUGCAGUUGAAGAUACAAAUAAAAGAUCCUGUUAGUAAGGCUGUGGCAAAUACUGAGAAAUUCUGCAGAUUUGUUUGCAGUUACAAUAUACUUAUAGCUUGUCACUAUAAAUGUGAUGGUCAGAUUCAGUGUCCAUUUGGAGAGGAUGAAAAAGACUGUCCAGAGAUGAUAUGCGAGGGUAAAUUCCGGUGUAAUAAUAGUCGGUGUAUAGACUAUGCAUAUGUUUGUGAUACAGUAAAUCAUUGCAAUGACUGGUCAGAUGAGAACAGGUGCAUGAUGGUAACGACAGAGCUUCCUCCUGUCGACAGUACAGAGGAGGAAGAUAACCAGAUGAUAUGGUUAAAGACUACUGUCUACACAGUUAUUGCGUGUACUGUUGGAAUUGUCUUUCUCAUUUCUGUCAUCGUCAUAGCGAUAUUUAGAAUCAAGAUGAAACGUGCAGCUGUCCGUCGUGCUUUGAGGCAAGCAGAAAGACGGAGGCGUCAUAGCAACAGGUGUGAGUCUCAAAACAAUUCAAGAACUCAGAGAAAUGAACCUGUAGAAAAUGAACCGUUCAUUUCCGCCCCAUCCCCCACCCAUUUUGGAAAUAUUAUUGUAAAUGUGAAUAACGGUGUGCAGUAUGUGCCAAAUGUAGAGUUUCCUGUUGGAAUACAAGCUCCGCCUACAUACUCGGAAGUAAUGGCGGAGAGCGGUGGAGUUGGUCGCCACUCACCUCCGCCAGAAUACAGUACAAUAGAUAGGAAUCCGAAUAGAGUUUCUCAGAUUCCAGAUUCUGAGGUACACAUACAGUUGUUAAGUGAAUCAAGAUCUGUUGAAAAUAGUGAGUCUCAUAUAAGAAGUGAGGCAAGUGAAAAUGAUCAUUACAACAUUGAGACAUCAGGUGUGCGGCACAGUGAAAGUGUUAAUGAUUAUAAUAUUGUGACAGAUAGUACUGAAAAUGCAAUAACCACAUCAUGUUCAGCUCAUAGUAAUGGUACCAACUCGCUUGGUAGACGAGAGACUGGAAGACAGAGCGCAAGACAGUCUCGAAAUGUUAGAUCUGUAGGCUCACCUCGUCGGCCUAAACAGCUGAAAGUUCGUGAUGGCCAAAUAGUUCUAGAUGACGAUUCUUCGAACUCAUCGUCCCCGGAAACUGUAAAUAGAAAUACUCAAACUAAUCCUGCUGAUAUAACUACACCCAAUCAGAAUGUUGCAAAACCGGCGCAAAUCCAAGUGCAGGCGGGACAAAUAAUACUAGCCAAUCAGGAGUCAGAAUCAUCAGUAAAUGCUGGAGAAGCGGAUGGUGCAGUAGCUCAAGGUCAAUUAGAUGUUAAAGACGGACAUAUUGUUUUUAAACCUUCAGGAUCAUGAAUUUUUCCCGUAAUAUUUAUUGUAGGGAUUUUGUCUUUAUAAUAAGAAAUAAAAUGUAGUUUCUGUAAGGGUGUUAAUGAAAAAAAAAAUGGAGAAAGACUGUAUUAUGAAACUAGGUUUAAAAGAGUUGCAUUUAGGUUAGUUGAGGGAGGACAAAUUGUAGAUAACUAACAUGCUGUUGAUUUUAUUCACAGAUAAAAUGGGGUUUUGUUUCCAAGAGAAGGAAGGUUGUGGAAUCUAAGAUGCAUUUAUAGUGCCUAUUUCGAAAAGAGGGACUGGAUCGUUGAAAUUUUGUAUUCACUUACUUUAAAUAGUUAAAUUUAUGAAUCAGUGAGCAAGGUUGGGUAUUUAAGGUUUAAUGUUUAGAAAGCACACUACUAGGCCUAGGGAGAAAAUACACCAAUCAUAACUAGGUAUUGAAUUCAUUAGCAAUAGCUGUAGACCCGGCUUAUAGUGUUAUGAAAAGGAGUUUUGCGUAUGAAAUAACCUUAUAAUUGUAUGUAUAGCCCAUGCCUUUUGUAUUUAUCGUUCUAGACAAGAGUUACUGAACCCAUUAUCCAUGGGAAAUGUUGUCCACAUGGUAAAUUUGGAAACCAUUUCUAGACAUUUUUGCCUUUAAAAAAAAGGCAGUUUAUUUGUUCAAAUGUACACUAUCAGAUGUUUCAAAUUUAAGUUGUGUAUAUUUAUUAAUAUGUUAGGGAUGAUAAAAAUAAAGGUUAUUCACUGGAAUACAGGUCCAAUAAAUGACAUUUGAGCAACUUGCUUCAGGGCCUAAGGUGAUGAAUCGAGAUUAAGGAGACCAGUCUCAGAUUGGAGUCAUGCCAUUGGUCUGUUUUCAGUUGAGUCCGGAAACAACCAAUUAGAUGCUAGAAUUUUGAGAGUGGUCUCCUAAUACUCUGUUAGUCACUCAUCGUCAGCUUAUGUCAUGUAUAAACAAGCCUAGAGUAUAAUGACUAAAGGCCUAUCAGUUUAUCAUCUAAGUGUAUUAUUUAUAUGACAAUCUUGCCAGAUACAAGUUACAAAAUAGCUAUCAGGUAUAAAUUAUAUUUCACUAUUAAGGCUGUUGAAUUUAGGAAGUGUCGGAUACAUUGGUAUCAAGUAUUAUUAUAAUUUGACUGUAAAUGCAAUUAGAAACUACCUUAUACAGAUAAAAUAUAAAUUGAG